AUGAUUACACUUCUGGUUCUACUCAGCCAACUGCCCAUAGUUACCUUCGCGUUUCCUCAUUGCACAAGGAGUCCGAAGGAGUCCAGGCAUGCUCGAGAAGUCUUCACAGCAAAAGAAGAGGCAAACCUUUUCAUACAUAGACACCUGCUAUAUAAUAGAUUUGAUUUGGAGCUCUUCACGCCCGGUGACCUAGAAAGAGAGUGCAGAGAAGAACUUUGUAAUUAUGAAGAAGCCAGAGAAAUCUUUGUGGAUGAAGAUAAAACGAUGGCGUUCUGGCAGGAAUAUUCCAUCAAAGGACCAACCACAAAAUCAGAUGCUAACAGAGAAAAAGUUGAUGUCAUGGGCCUUCUGACUGGAUUAAUUGCUGCUGGAGUAUUUUUGGUUAUUUUUGGAUUACUUGGUUACUAUCUUUGUAUCACCAAGUGUAACAGGCAACAAUAUCCCAGUUCUUCAGCCACCUACGUAAGAAGGGGCAGGCACACUCCCUCCAUCAUUUUCAGAAGACCUGAGGAGGCUGCCUUGACCCCGGCACCCCCUGCAGUGGAGGACACAGGAUUACCUUCUUAUGAACAGGCAGUGGCACUGACCAGAAAGCACAAUGUUUCCCCGCCACCACCAUAUCCUGGGCCAGCAAAAGGGUUUCGAGUAUUUAAAAAGUCUAUGUCGCUCCCAUCUCACUAA